AUGACCAAAUAUUCAGGUCCCGGUCGUACAAGGUCUAAGCACACGGACUAUGAGCGCACGGCGCCGGCUUCAUCACAGGCAACGACCACCGCUCCUGGUAGAGGUCAUCACCAACCCAGAGGUGUCGCAACAGAUCGCUUCGUGCAGAAGCUCGUGAGGCCCAUGGCCCUGUCAGGGAAGUAUGCAGGCCGCUCGCUAGACAUACUCUAUACGAACGACCCAUAUCUUGCGGAUGAAUUCUGUGCUCUCCAUAUCGAUAAGCAAGGCUGUACGCAUGUAGGGUUUGACCUAGAGCAUCGCCCACACUUUGCUCCGGGGAGCAAGGCGAAUGUGGCACUUCUUCAAUUCGCACCAUUAAUGCCAGCCUUGAGUACAACCUACCCGGUUCUCCUCUACUCGCUUUAUCACGCCAAUGCUACUCUACCGCUCUCGCUUCUCUGCCUCCUCAGCAAUACCGCUAUCUCAAAGCAUGGUGUAGGUAUCUCCGGAGAUUUGCGCCAUCUAGCGUAUCUAGAGCUGCCUCAAGAAUGUCGUUCCUCAUACAAAGAACUAGAAAGGGAUGUCAAGUCCGUUAUGCCACAUCAUCCUGGAGGACGCAGCCUCAAAGCACUCAUAACGAGCUUGAUGGAUCCCCCAUGCGCAGUACUCAAGACGAAAAGGUUGACAAUGACAAACUGGGAGAAGAAAGAUCUCUCAAACGAUGAAAUCGCAUACGCAGCAAUGGAUGCUCUCUGUGGAGUGUUGCUAUGGGAAAUUAUUGACACGCAGCGUGGGUGA